AUGCACUCACGUGUAGCAGUGGUGAAAUCCAGGGAUAUGCACUGGUCACUUUUAGCCCAGAGGGAUCAGAGAGACAUCAGUCUUAGUUCUCUCCGCAUGCUCAUCGUUGCUGAUGGAGCAAACCCAUGGUCUAUUUCGUCCUGCGAUGCCUUCCUCAACGUCUUUCAGGCCCGCGGGCUGCGGCCAGAGGUGAUCUGCCCAUGUGCAAGUUCCUCUGAGGCCAUGACUGUCGCCAUCCGCAGGCCUCCAGAGAUGGGUGUUCCUCCUCCGGGUAAGGCAGUGCUGUCCAUGAGCGGUCUGAGUUAUGGGGUGAUUCGAGUGGACACAGAGGAGAAGCUCUCUGUGCUCACUGUUCAGGAUGUAGGACAGGUCAUGCCUGGAGCGCUGGUGUGUGUGAUUCGGUUAGAGGGCACGCCAUACUUGUGUCGAAUGGAUGAGGUUGGAGAAAUCUGUGUGAGCUCCAGAAGUACAGGAAUCUCCUACUAUGGUCUGCCAGGCAUGACCAAGAAUGUCUUUGAG